UGAAGUAACGCGAGUGAGGAGUGUGUGCGGUGGCUUGGGACUAAGCAGCGAUGAUGCAAAGCCAACAAGUUAUCAAAGAAGACGACGACGGUCCGCCACCCGGUUGGCAACCUAUCCCCACUCCGCUACCCCCACCGCUACACCCACUUCCAUCCGGUUUUGCUCAAAUGGUCUGUGGUUCUUGUCGCCGCCUGCUUUCAUAUCCACAAGGUGCCAAACAUGUCAAAUGUUCAUGCUGUCAGACAGUCAACAUUGUAUUAGAAGCUGAUCAGGUUGGGCAAGUGAAGUGUGGGAGUUGUGCAGUAUUGCUAAUGUACCCAUAUGGUGCUUCACAAGUUAGAUGUUCAUCAUGCCAGUUCGUGACAGAAAUUGGGGAAAACAACAAGCGGCCUCCAUGGUCUGUCCAACAAAAUAAACCAACUCCUCCGAAAACUGGUUGUUAGUGGCCUGUUCAUUGCUCCAUUAACUAAGCCAUCUUUGUAUAACAAAUUAUGAAUCCGGGUUCUUGUAAAACAAGUUGUACAGAUCUUAAAUUUGCUAUGUGUAUGGAAUUAUUUAUUGAUAUCAAGUUUUGGAAGUAAUUUAAUGAGUUUUUUUGACAGA